AUUGAAUCGAAGCCAAUGCAGUGGCCACAACGUUGCAUUUUAACCGGAAUUCUACUCUCUAUCGUAAUUCUACCUCUUUUGGAAAUGAUAAAACCGUGGGCAACUGAAAUGACUAUCCAAUUCAAUGAAUCGGCUCUUUCAUUUAAUUCAAACGUAGUUAAAUCGCAAAAGGUUUAUCGAUUUCAAGCCCCAUUCACCUUUGAUAUGAAUCCGAUUCCAAGUGUUUUCGCCACAGAUCCGGAUUCUAUUUGCCCAGUUCAGAGCAUACUUUGUGUCGAAUGUCGAUCCGAUAAGCAUCCAUACUGCCGAGAUCCAUUUAAUCGGACACUUCUCAACUUUAAUGACAUUCCUUUCAAAUUGUGCUUUGGAUACUGUGUGAAGUGGAUUCGUGGACCAAUCAACGAAGGUGAUUGA